AUGGGGAGGGAAGAGAUGUUCCAUUCCUAUCUCACCGCGUGCCCGACUGGUUUCUCGCGGGUGCACUCUGCUGGGUUCUCCGAGGCCUCCACGUUCGUCCCUGCGCUCUCUGCAUCCUCCCAGAGUUGUUGCACGCCCAGCCUGGAGCGUUCGGUUCACCGAGUGCUUUUUGCUCGCUGGUCCGCUGCGGAACUCUGUGCCGUAGACGCGUUUCCAGAGGACUUAGUUCAUUGCGUUUUUUAGGAUUUACGUAGCUUCCGGUAAAUUCUACGGCGCAUGGCGGAGUUAGGCCGUCCUGCACUGGAGACACCAGCAGCCUCAAGCCGAAGAACUCAACGCUCUCUGCGCAGACCCCGGCUCCCCCGCCCGGCUUCCGGUGCCUCAGACCCUCCCCUUCUCAGUUCAGUGCCACCUGCUUGUGACUCCGCCACCAGAGCACGUCCCGUAGGCAACACAGUGUCGAUGAAGCAGAAGAAGAAGAAAAUCCCGACUAGGGUCUCUGGGACAAACGGAGAAGAAAAGACCUCCGAGAAACCUGUUCCAGAGGAAGCUCCCCCCAGUGCUGAGGCCCAGGCGGAGCAGCUGGCGAGGGAGCUGGCCUGGUGUGUUGAACAGCUGGAGUUGGGUCUCAAGACGCAGAGACCCACCCCGAAGCAGAAAGAGCAGGCGGUUGGGGCAAUCCGAACCUUGCGCAGUGAGAAAACCCCCUUGCCCCGGAAGAGACAGCUGAUGCGCUCCUUGUUUGGGGACUACAGGGCUCAAAUGGAUGCGGAAUGGCAGGAAGCCCUGAAAGCCCUCAGGACUGCUACCCAGUCAGCCCGGGUCCAGCUUGUAGGCGAGGCGGCCAGAAAGAAGAGCGGAAGGGUCUGCAGGCCUCGUCCAGUGGGAAGAACCAAGGCCGCUGUGGACUCUACUGAUGAAGAGUUUCGGUUCAAUUUCUUCUAGAUUCUCCUACAUUCUGGACUAGUCAUCCUCCUCCAGCGUGGUGUGGGGAUUUGUCUUGAGUGCAGGGCCCGGGUAGGAAUUGCUCUCAGCGGAAGUGGGAUUGAUUUGUCCCUAUCUGGUGUGUGGACGCGAAGCUGCUGGCCCGUGUGAGACUCCUUAUGGGAACUUUUGGAGGAGAUGUUCCCCCUGUCAGAGAGAGGUGCAUUUGGGACCUCUUCCGUGAUAAGCCUGCUUGUUGUGUGGGUUGUAGAAAGAAAUGGUCCUCCAGUCACUGGGAGUAGCUAUUGGCGGUGAGGAACUGAAGAAGCUGUGUAAUUACUUAUACAUAGCGCUCACUUUUGAAAGGAUGCCCUGGCCAUUGGCUUAGUGCCUUAUCUAUUGUUAGAGCACCCUAAUAAAUAUUUUUUUCUACACACAAA